AAUAAAAAAUAUAUUUGCAGUAGGCGCUGGAACGAAAACUUCACAAUUGUGGUAACAGGGCAAAUAAUAUCGAAGCGUAAGUAGGCAACCAAAUAUACUUCAGAGCAUGGAUGGGUACAUCACUACCAUCUUAAAUACAAAAAAAGUGACAUUUGACGGAUUUUGACGUUCUGGAUUUCCUAACCCUAACGUUCGUAUCGCCUUUUUGCAGUUUAGUUGUUAUUUCAUCUUUUGCUUUGUUUGUGUGAUAAAAAUCAGUUCUUUUCAGAACUAGCGUGUGAGUUUUGCGUUUAAAGUCAUUUUUUAACAAGAAUGGCUUUUUCUGAACGACACAAAAUAUUCAUGGUAAUGUCGUACUACCGAAACGGUGUAAAAGAAGAUGGAACUUGGCAAUAUUCAGUUGGAUUAUGUAUGGAAGAGUUUCGAGAAGAAUUCCCUGAUUUUGCCGUAGAGUAUACGCAGUUUCGACAAACUUUAAAUGUCUCGUUAAAAAAUUUUCAAGAAAAUGGAUCUGUGACACGAAAACCUGGAAGUGGCCGUCCAAAAAAACGAACUCCAGAACUAAUUGAAGAAGCGAGAGAAGUAAUGGAAGAAACCCCGGGUACUUCUAUCCGUCAUUUAUCACAACAACUUGGUUUGUCUGUUGGCACCUGUAACACUCUUCUAAAAAAGGAUCUUCAUUUGUUUCCUUAUCGUCUCACAUCUGUACAUGAAUUACAUCCAACAGACUUUCCUCAAAGAGUUCAAUACUGUGAAUGGUUUCUGAAUACUCUGGAUAUGGGCGACCACCUUGAAAAAACGUUUUUCACCGAUGAAGCAUACUUUCAUCUUAGUGGCUAUGUAAACUCACAAAACACAAGAAUGUGGACUUCAGAAAAUCCACACUUUUUCAUUGAGUCGCCCCAAUAUCCCCAGAAAGUUGGUGUUUGGGCUGCAAUUAGCCAACGCAGAAUAAUUGGUCCAAUUUUUUUUGACGGAAACAUAAAUGCUGCAAGAUACCGUGACGAAAUUUUAAGUGUAUUCUUAAAUCAGCUGGAUGAUGAAGAAUUAGUGUAUGGUUACUUUCAGCAGGACGGUGCCACUGCUCAUACAACUGGAGCUACAAUAGGUUUUUUGUCUGAAUUUUAUGAAAAUAGGAUUAUUAGUCGCAAUACACCAAAUAACUGGCCGCCUAGAUCAUGUGAUCUCACUCCUUGUGACUUCUUCUUGUGGCCACAUAUAAAAAAUUCAAUUUAUACAACACCCAUAAAUGACUUGGAAGAAUUACGGAAUAGGAUAACACACAAAAUUAAUGAUAUUAAUAAUAGUGCAAGUGUUUUAGAAAAUGUGGCAAAUGCAGUAAGGCGAAGGGCUAGGUUGUGUCUACAAGAAGGGGGUUCUCACUUCCAGCAUUUGUUGUAAUGUAAUUCAAAAUGUAACAUUUAUCAGGCCUUACAUAAUGUUCGACAGAAUUAUGCAGAAUGCUUUCAUAUUGUUGUUACAGAAGAUUUCAAUAAAGUGUCGUAGACUUA